AUGAAUACCUCAAGAAAGUCCUUUGUAUUUGCGUUUAAUCUAGAAUCAAAAUUAUACAAAGCCAUUCGUUUAUACCUUUUGAUUUCAAAAGUAUUUUGUGUAACGCCUAUUGAUAUUGGUGAAGAUUUCCUACUAAAUUGGAACUCCUGGAAAAUAUUGUUUCACAUCCUAUGGUAUAUUGCAGUUUAUAUUACAAUUGCCACAAGUGUCUACGUUGAGUAUAGCUUUUUCAACAUUUCACUUCCGAAUAUUCAAAAACCACUGUUCCUAAGUGAGUACUUGGUAUACCUAAUCCAUGUCCUUCUUAUUAUGGCCGUUGGUUACAAAAAGCACUCGAGUAUCCCAAGGAUCAUUGAAUCCAUUGUUUCCAUUGAUCAAAAAUUAAUGAAAUUCGGCAUCAAACCAAACUAUAAUCGACUGAGAAAGUUUUCACUGAUACAUCUUCUACUUUUGGCAAUCUACGCUGCGAUUUCGGUAAUUUUGAAUUAUUACUAUGGCAGAAGAGAAACUAUUGGCGUUCUUCGAAGCCUAACAGUUUAUGCUCUUCCAAACCUUAUUAUUGGAUUCUCAAUUAUGCAAUACUACCAAUUGAUGUAUGCAAUUUAUUUGAGAUGUCAAUCACUUGUCGAAGCUAUGGAGGAUUUCCACAGUAAAUACAAUUUAUUUCCAUUUAAAAUUAUUAUUAGAAGUUUUAGUAUUUUGUACUCGACUCUGGAAAUAUUAACAAAAGAAGUGAAUUCUGUGCUUUCAUAUACGGUGCUUUUAAUUUACUGUGGAUCCUACCUCAAUAUAAGUAUCAAUAUUUUUUUAAUUUAUCAAAAUUCAAAUCAGAAAAAUGAAAUUAAUAUCGUGUUAUUGAUGUACUCUAUUGCUUGGGUGGCGAUGCAUGCUGGAAAAAUGUUUUUAAUUUUAUAUAUGCAAAAAAUCACCCUGAUUCUAGGCAAUGUCCAGCCUGAAAAUGUGCAAAUGGAAUUGAUGAUUAGAAGAUUUCUUCUCCAAUUAAUGGUUAACACCAGGUCUCACGUUGUUUGCAAUAUUAUGGAUUUAAACUUGUCCUUUGUAACAUCGCUGCUCGUGAACACUUCUGUUUUGGUAAUAUUUCUAAUUCAAUACGAUGUCACAUUUGAAGCUCUUACAAAUACACAUAGUAGUGCUUAGUUUAACAUAAAUGUAUUGUUUAUUUUAUUAACUAUUGAUAAGUACUCAUAUGGCAACAUA